GUCCAUGGCGUUGCCUCGUAUGGAACUGGAUGCUACCUAGGAGGUCACGCUUCUCCCCGUGCCACGAUAAUAUGGAGCCCGGGAAUCACUCUGGGCGCAGGUGCAUUUUUCUCUCAUCAAGGGUCUUUCUCUUCUGCCUGUUUUGACAAUAAGAAGUAGGCCUAAUGAAAAAGGCCAAUACAAAUUUGUCCCAUUGAGUUUCAAAGGGGGCAUUGUCCGUUCUGAAGAUCAGGAGGACGAGAAGCUUCCCAAGGUGAAUUUUGGGCAACUUCUAGAGCAUUACGCGGAAAAUGACGUCUCAGUGGAUUAC